UACCUAUUCCUGUGCCGCUGCACCGCCUUUGAAUCUUGCGGAGCACGGAAUAGCAGCCUGGUCAACACGAGGCACUCAAGCAUUCAAACGCCUCCUUCCUUCGUUUGGUGAAAUCCGGAUCAACCGCACAAAAAUUCCUUUUUUUCUCCCGGCAAUCAACACAUUGCGCCCACUUCUGAGUGGCCUCCUCGCCCCCCUGCAGCAGAACUGGGCAGCAGCCUGCAAGGACGCCAACUUCCAUCCGGUCUCAACUAGCCGUUUCCGGGCCAAAACCUUGCACCUUCAACCAUGUCACUCCCCGAGAGACCGGGCGCGACGCCCUCGUACGAAGAACGCCAUAGCUACCGACACUCGCAGUCGCGGCGCCAGUCGCGCCCUGCCGAUCUCGAGGCCGGCAGCUAUGCUCCGGUCAGCGGCGGGCAAUCUCUCCAUCAACAGAGAACCCCUUUGUCGCCCUCGUCACCCCAUGGACAGCCCAUCGACCCCCCUUUUCAGCGCAAGAGGAGCCUGGUCCGCCCGGAGAGGAAUAGGAUAGGGAAAGACCACCCGAACUAUCACUACCGGAAACAUGCUGCAAACAUGAAUACAUUGCCUUCUUCGACGGGCAAUGACCCGAUCGUGGAAGAUCUGGAAGGGACGACCGACCUGUCGGGCUCCGCUUCGAGGAACGACGAGGCUCUCUCAGACGUCACCCCGCCCAGGAGGCAUCGAUCAACAAAGCACCGUGCGGCCGAGGCGGAGAAGUCAGGUCGGACAAGGGGCAAGGCAUCGAGCGGGGCGAAACACGGCAAGAUCAGCAAAGACUUGAAAUCGAAGCGUCAACGAGAAGUGGACGAGCAGUUGCGGCCACCGAGUCUCUGGAAUAUCUACUGCGCCAUCGUGACGUUCUGGGCCCCCGGAUUCGCUCUCAAAUGCUUUGGUUUGCCCUCCAAGGCCCAGCAGAGGGCCUGGAGGGAAAAGAUGGGUCUUAUCAGCAUCAUUCUUUUCAUCAUGGCCGUUGUCGGUUUCCUCACGUUCGGGUUUACCCAAGUCGUCUGCGGCAACCCGCCGUUGCGUUUACGUGUGAAUGAGGUCGGGACCGGUUACAUGAUCUUCCACGGAUCGGCCUACGAUCUUUCGCAGUCCCAUCACCCUCCGGCGGAGGGCAUUCCCCGCCGUCUGGACGGCAGCGGCGCGAACGUGCUUUUUGACCUCCCGGAAAAGCACGGCGGUAAGGACGGGAGUUUCCUGUUCCAGAACGUCAAUGGCAAGUGCAAGGGGCUCAUCAAAGCAGCCCCGGAUUCCGACGUCCCAACCGAUGACGACGGCAAUCUGGCCUGGUACUUCCCUUGCACAACGUUCAACCAGGAUGGUUCGUCGAAACCCAACUUGACAAUCCCAUACUACCUCGGUUACGCCUGUCACACCAGCGCUGCCGCCCGCGACUCCUUUUAUCUGCAACUCACUGGAGCGGCUGACGUUUACUUCACCUGGGAUGACAUCAAGAACAAUUCCCGCAACCUGGUUGUCUAUUCGGGUAACGUUCUUGAUCUAGACCUUCUGAACUGGUUCAACGACUCCCAGGUUACCUAUCCCGACCGCUUCAAGGAGCUGAGGGACCGCAAUUCGGCAGCAAACCAGGCCAUCCGAGGGCGCGACAUCACCCGCGCGUUUCAGUCCUCCAACGACAAGCAGUAUGCCGAGUGCUUCGAGGAGAUCUUGAAGGUCGGGGUUGUCGAUACGGACACCGUCGGGUGCAUCGCGUCUCAGGUCGUUUUGUAUAUCUCGCUCGUCUUGAUUCUCUCUGUUGUUAUCGCAAGAUUUGUGCUCGCUCUGGUCUUCCAAUGGUUCAUAAGCAAAACCUAUGCUGCCGCCAAGACGUCCCAGACGUCGGACCCGCGGAAACGCAACAAGCAGAUUGAGGACUGGAGUGAGGACAUCUACCGCGCUCCGCCCCGCAUGCCAGGAGACAUUGGCAGCAGCGUCAACGGUUCUUCCGACCGGCAAAGCAAGCGCAGCAGCAUUCUACCCACAACGUCUCGGUUCUCGGCCGUCUACGGCAACGAACGUGCUAAUCGGAAGUCUGGGGUCCCCACCACCAUGACGAGCCAGAACGCCGCCGGCCAACUCCUCAGCCCCAAUUCGAUAUAUCGGCAAGGUAACGACAGUCGGUCAAGCUUCCUCAAGUCCGAUCCGUAUGCCACGAGUAACAGCGCCACUGACGGGCUCGGGCCUGCUGGCUUCAUCCACGAGGCCGUGGUUCCUCAGCCUCCUUCGGACUGGAUGCCCUUCGGCUUCCCCCUGGCCCAUGCGAUCUGCUUGGUUACUGCAUACUCGGAGGGUGAGCUUGGUAUUCGUACGACUUUGGACUCGAUUGCCAUGACGGAUUAUCCAAACAGUCACAAGGUGAUCCUCGUCAUCUGCGAUGGCAUCAUCAAGGGGAAAGGAGAAGAGUUUUCGACCCCGGACAUUGUCCUCGGCAUGUUGAAGGAUCACAGCACCCCGCCGGAGGAAGUCCAAGCAUUCUCGUACGUCGCCGUUGCCACCGGCUCCAAGCGUCACAACAUGGCCAAGGUCUACUCGGGUUUCUACGACUACGGCGCGAACUCGGCCAUUCCGCCGGAGAAGCAGCAGCGGGUUCCCAUGAUGGUUGUCGUGAAAUGCGGUACUCCGGACGAAGCGACCAAGGCGAAACCGGGGAACCGCGGCAAGCGCGACAGUCAGAUCAUCCUGAUGUCCUUCCUCCAAAAGGUUAUGUUCGACGAGCGGAUGACAGAACUCGAGUACGAGAUGUUUAACGGACUGUGGAAGGUUACGGGCAUCUCGCCCGACUUCUAUGAAGUCGUACUCAUGGUGGACGCCGAUACGAAAGUCUUCCCCGACAGUCUGACGCACAUGAUAUCUGCCAUGGUCAAAGACCCGGAGAUCAUGGGUUUGUGCGGCGAAACCAAGAUUGCGAACAAGCGGGCCAGUUGGGUUUCGGCCAUUCAGGUCUUCGAGUACUUCAUCUCCCAUCAUCUUGCCAAGUCCUUCGAGUCGGUCUUUGGCGGUGUCACCUGCCUUCCCGGAUGUUUCUGCAUGUACCGCAUCAAGGCGCCCAAGGGCGCUCAGAAUUACUGGGUCCCGAUCCUGGCGAACCCAGAUGUGGUUGAGCACUACUCGGAGAACGUGGUUGAUACCCUGCACAAGAAGAACCUCUUGCUUCUGGGAGAGGACCGGUAUUUGUCGACUCUUAUGCUGCGAACCUUCCCCAAGCGCAAGCAGGUGUUCGUGCCGCAGGCUGUAUGCAAGACGACGGUGCCGGACAAGUUCAUGGUGCUGCUUUCCCAACGCCGUCGGUGGAUCAACUCGACCAUUCACAAUCUGAUGGAGCUCGUCCUUGUCAAGGAUCUGUGUGGCACGUUCUGCUUCAGCAUGCAGUUCAUCGUCUUUAUCGAGCUCAUCGGCACCCUUGUCUUGCCCGCCGCCAUUGCCUUCACUUUCUAUGUCGUCAUUAUUUCCAUCAUUCAUUCGCCUCCACAGAUCAUCCCGCUCGUCCUGCUCGCCUUGAUUCUCGGCCUGCCAGCGGUGCUGAUCGUCGUCACAGCACACAGCUGGUCGUAUGUCCUUUGGAUGUUAAUCUACCUGCUUUCGCUGCCCGUCUGGAACUUUAUCCUCCCAACCUACUCUUUCUGGAAGUUUGACGAUUUCUCCUGGGGCGACACCAGAAAGACCGCGAACGAGAAGACCAAGAAAGCAGGCAUCGAGUACGAGGGCGAGUUCGACAGCAGCAAGAUCACCAUGAAGCGGUGGGCCGAGUUUGAGCGUGACCGCAGAAUCCGCAACAACAGCUAUUGGGGUUCAACUGAAAACGUUGUCGGCAGCGGGAGCCUAUCCCAUGGCCAUGGUCCGUACGACGGUUACUACUCGGAUCAUUGAGCUUGGGACUUUUGUUCGGAGGUAUUUUUUUUUCUUGGUCUUUUUUUUCCCAACUCCUUGCUUGCUUGGAGUGAUAUUCUUCAGCGGCUUAGACCCGUUCAUGCCAGCGCGGCUGCUUUAUUUUGGCUCUCAGCUGAGGGGUUGCCAGCGUCGUGUUGGCGGAAUAUUUUUUUUUUUUUUUUUUGUUUUUUUGGGGAACGAAGGAUGGGGAGAGGAAGGAUGGGAGGGGUUUGGUGGUUUGAGACUCGGCGAAUUUUCUUC